UUGUGCUCUGUGCCACCUUCAUCGACCGUCUGUCACUUUGUCGUCCGAAAACCCCUUCUGCUUUUUUUGAUCCUCGCCUUGUCCCAAGUCUGUCGUCAAUCCUUCGUGUGUCCAGCAGAGAGAUCCCAAAACAUUUCCAACUUGCUCCAUACCGUGCUCAAGUUUAAUCAAAUUCUUCGAUCCUGUCCGCUCUCUGGAUUUUGCCUCCUAACAUGACGUUCAAGACAGGGGCAACGACGACGUCAAUAACAACAACAACAACGGCCGACUCGGCGAGCUCGACCACUUUGUCAACCUCAAAACCAUCUUCAUGCUCUCCCACUCCUGCAGCAUUGCCGACUCCUUCCAAGAAUGCUCCGAAACCCAUCAAGCUGAGAGCUGCAUGUAACCAAUGCUUCUCGGCCAAGGUCCGAUGUGAUGGGAACAAGCAAGGUUGUCGUCGAUGCUUGGAGAAGAGACUGUCUUGUGUCUACAGUGAAUCUCGAGUUGGGAAAGUGGUAGGGAAGCGAAGGAAACGACCACUGCCCGAACAGAAAGGCAACGUCACUUCUCAACCUUGGAUCGUCAACGGCACAGCUUGCCCUGUGCAGUCCAUCCCGUCUCCUGCAGCCAGCCACGGGUCAGAAGACCCCCCCAAGGCUCAUCAUUGUUCUGCACCCAGUUGGUCGACAUCGUCAUCGUCGUCGACGUUCAGUGCGACGCCCGAUCAAGGUCUUAUGACCUUUGAUGAGACCACCGAAACAUUGAAUGCAAUUGAAAUGGCAAACAACCGUAGCUUCUCAAUGACCAGCGAGGUCAGCUUCUUCACAAACAACGGCCUACCGACUCCGGCCUUGAGUCCUCCACAGUUCGUGAGAUAUCUCUCCCCUGCUCAUCUGGACAAUCGACCCACAUUGAAGCAAGAACUAUCAGUACCGAUCGACCCACGCAGACUGUGUCCUCCUGGCCACUCUGCGCCUUUCAGCACCAGACAGCAUGUUGGUGGUCCAUCCUUGUUUCCCUCGGAGGACGAAGAAACCGUGUGCAUCAAGCUUUUGGCCCAUUUGAAACGACAUUCUUCAGACGAAUAUCAACCCCGAGAAACCCAACUUGAGCUAUUGAAGAAAUCAAAUGCGGCCGUGAGAAGAUUACUGCAAAGCAAGACCAUCCGUUCCGCCUACACCUGUCACCUAUUACUCUCCAACAUCCUCAACCACCUCGUUCGUCUGUGUGAACGGUUAUGCCAAAAUACAACUGAAGAGUCGAGGCAUCUCAGCUUGGAAUCACAGUUCCUUCAGGACCAAGUCCAUUUUGACACGAUUCCGGGGUUUUUUGAGAACGGAGGAGCAAUGGCCGCCGUUCCGCAAUCCGUCCAGGCACCUGAUCAAGUGACGGUGAAGUUAUUGGGUGGAGAAGUCAUGUCCUUUGCCUCCACGGUAGGUAACAUGUUGAAACGAAAACCUCUCGACGGGUUUCAGACUCUCGGUAAGCACGAGACGUUUCAUGCGGAGCUGGAGUUGAGGCUAGUGAAGGCCAUGGAUCUGCUGCAGUCAUCAUGAUGAUCAUGUGUAUGUCUGCUCGUUCUGAUAUAAUGGAUGACCUCUUUCAAAAGGACAAGGCGUAUUUGGAUCUGGAAGAGCUACCUAAGUAUUUUGACCUGAGACAAGAGGGAAUUGUUGCCUCAAACAGCGGGCUAGAUGAGCAAGCGUUGGA